GUGCUUGUGCUCAGCUCGUGCCAUUUCGUGGUUUAAGGGAUUUUUUUCAUUCGUUUCUUCUCACGCUCGAUUACCUUACGAAAAGAGAAAAUGACCAAGUGUUACCCAACUGUGAGCGAGGAAUACCAGAAGUCAGUUGAAAAGGCCAAGAGGAAGCUCAGAGGUCUCAUCGCUGAGAAGAACUGUGCUCCACUCAUGCUCCGUUUAGCGUGGCACUCAGCUGGAACUUUUGAUGUUAAGACCAAGACCGGAGGUCCAUUCGGAACCAUGAAGCAUCCUGAUGAGCUCGCACAUGCUGCUAACAACGGCCUAGAUAUCGCCGUCAGACUUCUCGAGCCGAUCAAGGAGCAGUUCCCUAACCUCACCUACGCUGACUUCUAUCAGCUUGCUGGUGUCGUUGCCGUUGAGAUUACUGGUGGACCUGAAAUUCCCUUCCAUCCCGGAAGAGAGGACAAGCCUCACCCACCCCCUGAGGGCCGUCUUCCUGAUGCUACCAAGGGUUCUGAUCACUUGAGGCAGGUGUUUAGUGCUCAAAUGGGUCUCAGUGACCGGGACAUUGUUGCUCUUUCUGGUGGCCACACUCUGGGAAGGUGCCACAAGGAGAGGUCCGGGUUUGAGGGACCAUGGACUACCAACCCUCUCAUCUUUGACAACUCUUACUUCAAGGAGCUUUUGUCGGGAGAGAAGGAAGGCCUUCUUCAGCUACCAACUGACAAAGUUCUCCUGUCAGAUCCUGUUUUCCGUCCAUUGGUUGAAAAAUAUGCUGCCGAUGAGGAUGCCUUCUUUGCUGACUACACCGAAGCUCACCUGAAGCUCUCUGAGCUAGGAUUUGCUGAUGCAUAAGCUGAUGGUUGCGGAAUAGAAUGAAGCCAACAACAUUUGCCUUCACAAAAUGAAUGUAUUGGGUUUUGUCAUCUCUCAGUAGUUUAUGGGCAGUUGUUGCUUGAUGAAUAUGGGUAUUUGCAGUUUUAUUUUGUUGAACAUGUUGAAUUGAGUUUGUGGGAGAUUUCGAUGGACUAAAAAGCUCUUUCGUAAUAAAUAAUAUACAAUUUAUUCCAUAUAA